AUGGACCGUCGCUCCCCGCCCCGUCGGCAAGGCAGCAAAGGCAGCAGCAGGGACGACACCCCGCCCCGGCGAGUCCACAUAGACAGGCGGCCGGACGAGCCGCCGGCUCGGCGGCAGCAUGACAGGGGGGACGGCGAGAGGCACAGAAGGGAAAGGUGGAAGAGCCGCAGCAGAAGCAGGGAUAGAAGGUAGGGAAAAAGGGAGAAAUGCAUACAAUGGAAUGCAUCCCAUCAAGCGCACAAAGCACAAAGCAUUAAGCACAUCGCUCAUCUGCUGUCUGUGUCUGUGUCUGUGUCUGUCAGUUCUCCGUCAUCACGUCGGCGCGGCUCGUGGCCCCAGCCCCCUCCCCCGUCCCACCGGCCGACCCCCCGGGACCAUCGUGACGGCCGUGAUCUUCGCGACAAUAGUGACAUCCGGCGGGACGGCCCUCGGGAUCGGGAGAGGGAGCGGGAGCGGGAGAGGGGCCAUCGGGGGUUGUCCUUUUAUGAGCAGGAGAGGCAGGACAGGGACAGGAAGCGCCGAUCCAGAGAGAGGGAGAGGGAGAGGGAGAGGGACAGAGAGAGGGAGAGGGAGCGGGAGAGGGAGCGGGAGCGGGAGCAUCUUCAGCAUGAGAGGGGCCGGCGAGCGGACCGUUCUGACCACCCCCACUCACACCCCCACCCGCCCCGCUCACGCACCCCGCCACCUCUGCCAAACGGCAAAUCGCCCUCCGCGGCACACAGGUACGCACAUAACAUACGCACGCACGUCUAUCUUAGCAUCCAAUCCAAGUGUCCAUUGUCUUGUCGGCCCGUUUGUCGACAGAUCGGUGUAUAUGGCAGACAAGGGCGACCAGAUCACCCCUGACGCCAUCCAGCCAGAGGAGCAGGAACAGCCCCCCGAGCAGCGGCAGCAGCAGCAGCUCAACGGCACCGCCACUAUGAUUGACGAAGACGCCCAGGACCAAGACCAAGAGAUGGCCCAUGAGCAGGAUCAGCAGCACCCAGACCACGAGCAGAUGCCGAUCAACAACCAGGGAGAGCCACCAGCUGCCGCUUAUGAGGAGCCCUCGGCCCCACCAGCAGCAGCAGCAGCAGCAGAGGAGGAGGAGGAGCAGCAACCUGACGACCAUCACUCCACCUCCGCAGCCGCACCCACUGCCCCACACACAAGUUCAGAUGGCCAUCCGCCGCCCCAAUCACCGCCACCACCACCACCAGCAGCAGCAGCAGCAGCACAACACCAGCACGAUGGCCAUGUGCAAGAGCAGCUGCCUCCUUUGCUGUCGAGUCCGAAUGGUUCUGGUGGCGGCGGUGUGUCGACUGUUGUGGCUGAGGUGCACUACGGCGGCAAGAUGCGUCGGGUGCGUCACAGUGUGGAGAAGACCCUCACGGAGCUCAUGGCCCUGUACGUGCGGCCGCUGCUGGGGGCGGCCGGCAGGGACACACCUCUGAGGGCCAUACUGCUCUGCCGACCUGAUGUGAGCACCCUCUCUCUCCUCCCUACUCACACACAUAAGUCCAUCUCUCUCUCUCUCUCUCUGUGUGUGUGUGUGUGUGUGGUUAGGAGGAGCAGGCCGAGUACUUCCCUCUGAGUGCGCUGCAGUGGGAGGAUCUGGGCGGUGGUCUGGGGCAGGGGGUGCGAGUGCGGUUCGAGCAAGACCCUUGGGGCAUCACCUGACACAGCUCCGAAGAGACGUGCAUGCGGUGGGUGGGGGCCUGCUGUGUGCUCGUGUAAACGGUGUGUUUGUCGGUCAGCGAGCCUGCAUUUUUGUGUGGGUGAGAGGUUUUUUCGCCGUGAAUGCGUCGACCUGCCAUCCCGUCGUAUGUACCGAUUCUCUGCUUGAGUAUCAGCGGUCGACGUCGGUCUCACGCGAUGGCUUCAUUCGCGUGACGGCAGCGUUUGCCGCUGGCGCGCUGGCAGAGAAUCGAUCGACACGACGGGGCGGGGGAGGG